AUGCACCCCUUUUCCGUCCUCACUCUUGGGAUCUUCGUUGCGGGCUAUAUUACCGCGAGGUGGGACCUUGUUACCCGUCUAUACGAAUUGGCCAUAUUCGCCUGGGAUCACGGUGUCGUGACACGAACUGCGAAAGGAUUUUUGUUUCUUUCCGUAUUCUUUUUCCUCCUCGUCCUGCCAAUUAAUCACCUCGCAUCUAAGGAGGGCCAAUUGCAUCCGCGCCACGUGAAUCUCGGCGUCUCCGCGCGCGAACAAUUGCGCCGUCGAGGUUCGUUCUGA